AUGGUCACUUGGAACCGGCCGGUGUCGCAGGAGGAUGUUAUCGUCCCCUUCCCCCAUGAACUGCUGAACCGCCCAAUCUACAAACCGAUCCACGAAAGCACCAGGUCCACGGGCCUCUUACACAACCUCGUCACGCUCAAAAAGCUCAUACGUGUUUCUGUUCGGGAGGUUGUUGAUUUCCUGAAAGAGCGCACGUUCUUCACGCAGCUUUCUAUUCCACUGCCGAAUCUUACGACGGGACAGUCUGUCCCAACGGCGGAUCGAACGGACACCUCGUUUAAUGCAUCUGCGGAAGGGUUGGUAGUACAGGCAGACGAUGAAGAGAAAAGCAAAGAGCAGGCUGAGAAUCGGUGUGGCAAGCGAGGCUUUAUCGAUGUGGGUAUAUUCAGUGUGUGUGCUGUUGCUGUGAGGUUCGUGUGCGUGUAG